UGUCCCUUCUUCGGCAGCCCGCCCACCUCCAGCUCCACGAAAUUACGCACCCACUCGUAUCAUCGUUUUCGUGGGCUGCAUCACAAGCUUGAUUUUAAAACCCUCCCCCCGGGAUAAACAUUAUUGCAGCCAUGGCGUCCCUCAAUAUGAGUCCGGAGGAGCUAAAGCAACUGGAGCUGGUGCGGAACCGAUUCGCUCAGCUCACCAGCAGUCUGACCAGCCUCCGAGCGAGCGUCCUCAACUCCAAUCCCCUCCCCUCUCGCGAAUCCCUCCAAGCGUCCGUGACCAUCCUCCAACAAAACAUCCGCUCCAUCCAGGAGCUCGCGGACGAGAACGCCGACCUGUUCCAGCGCCUCGCCAUCCACCCGUCCACCAACUUCCCCGGCCGCACCCACGAACACAUUCUCACCCAGCUGCUGCGUAAGAAGCUCGAGCCGGACGUCGAGAGCUGGGUCGAGGAGGCGCGCGCGACGGCGCGCGCGGCGGGCGUGGACGCGAGCAAGCUCGCCGCGGGCGUGCGUCCGCGCGGCGUGCACGACUACGACGACGAGGACGCCUACGACCUGGGCGCGGCCGUCAACCCCGACGACGGCCCCUCUGACCCCUUCAGCGAGCAGUGGGCCGACAUGGCCGACAACUUCCGGCAGACGCUGCAGCAGUACGUCACGGUCCAGGUCAAGAAGAAGUACACGGUCGAGGAGCAGGCCAUGGGCAUUGAGAACGUGCGCACGGGGCUGAGGCAAACGCUGGAGGAGAGCGACGAGGAGGAUGAGGACGAAGAAGAAGAAGAAGAGGAGGAGGAGGAGGAGGAGGGCGCGGCGGGGACUACUGCUGCGCAGGCCGCCCCUGGCGCUCCGGCUGCUGCUGGUGCUGCUGGUGCUACUGGUGCUACUGGUGCUGCCGAGGGGCAGGGUGGCCACGGCGGGGGCUUGCCGGUGGUGGUCGAGCCGGAACACAUCUUUUACUUGCAAGCCCAAGGCAGCUUCGACCUCCCCAGGAACAUCCCGCUCGAGUCAAAGCGCGUACAAACCGGAGCGACCAGACGGGUGGCACCGCCAAGGUGAAAUGUGUCGGAUAUGCAUUUAUCUACCGUUUGAUCUACUAGCUCCGCCCCAACAACAUCCGGCUCCUGCGGGCGCGUCCGCUUCCAAGUACCGUCCGCCAUCAGCUCGUUAUAGCCGAGGAGAUGCUGGAACGUGG